AUGCCGGCGGUCAAGAAGGAGCUCCCGGGCCGCGAGGACCUGGCCCUAGCCCUGGCCACUUUCCACCCGCCCCUGGCCGCGCUGCCGCUGCCGCCGCUGCCCGGCUACCUGGCGCCGCUGCCCGCCGCCGCCGCCCUACCCCCUGCCGCCUCGCUGCCCGCCGCCGCCGCUGGCUACGAGGCACUGUUGGCGCCGCCGCUCCGCGCUCCGCGCGCCUACCUAAGCCUCCAUGAGGCCGCCGCUCACCUCCACCUGCCCCGGGACCCGCUGGCCCUCGAGCGCUUCUCGGCCGCCGCAACUGCGGCGCCUGAUUUCCAGCCGCUGCUGGACAACGGCGAGCCGUGCAUCGAGGUGGAGUGCGGCGCCAACCGCGCUCUGCUCUACGUGCGCAAACUCUGCCAGGGCAGCAAGGGCCCGUCCAUCCGCCACCGCGGCGAGUGGCUCACGCCCAACGAGUUCCAAUUCGUCAGCGGACGUGAGACCGCCAAGGACUGGAAGCGCAGCAUCCGCCACAAAGGGAAAAGUCUGAAAACGCUUAUGUCCAAGGGCAUCCUGCAGGUGCACCCUCCAAUCUGUGACUGCCCGGGCUGCCGAAUCUCCUCUCCGGUGAACCGGGGACGGCUGGCAGACAAGAGGACCAUCGCCCUGCCCCCUGCGCGCAUCCUGAAGAAGGAGCCAACACCCAGCCUCCUGGCCAGUGAUGGCGCCAGUGACGGGAGUGGCCUGGCCUACAGGCGGCGGCCAGGUGUGAAGCGGGAGGACGACCUGCGCGUCAGUAUCAUGAAGAGAAGGGUCCACACCCACUGGGACGUGAACAUCUCCUUCCGAGAGACAUCCUGCAGCCAGGACAGUGAUCUCUCCACCCUCAUAUCCAGUGUGCAUCGAAGCCGCCACCUCGUGAUGCCCGAGUCCCAGAGCCGCUGCGAAUUCCAGAGAGGCAGCGCAGAGCUCGGCCUGGGAGCUGCAGGUGACCUGUUGGGUAAGAGGCUGGGCCCCUCCCCCCACAUCAGCAUUGACCGCCCUUCAGAGAAGAAGGCCCGAAGCAAGUCCCCCCCAGAAACUUUGCUGCUGCCAGAGCUUGGGCCAGGGAUGGCCCCCGAGGAGCACUACCGUCGCCUCGUGUCCGCUCUGAGCGAGGCAGGCACCUUUGAGGACCCCCAGCGGCUCUACCACCUGGGCUUGCCCAGCCAUGAUCUCCUGAGGGUCCGGCAGGAGGUGGCAGCUGCAGCUGUGCGGAGCCCCAGCGGCCUGGAAGUCCACCUGCCAUCUACAGGAGGUCAGCGUCGGAAGCAGGGCCUGGCCCAGCAUCGGGAAGUUGCCCCAGCAGCUACCCCUUCCUUCCCGGAGAGGGAGCUGUCGCAGCCGCCUCCCCUGCUGUCGCCCCAGAAUGCCCCGCACAUCGCCCUGGGCCCCCACCUCAGGCCCCCCUUCCUGGGGGUGCCCUCGGCUCUGUGCCAAACCCCAGGCUACGGCUUCCUGCCCCCCGCCCAAGCGGAGAUGUUCGCCCGGCAGCAGGAGUUGCUACGGAAGCAGAACCUGGCCCGGCUGGAGAUGUCGGCCGAGCUGCUGCGGCAGAAGGAGCUGGAGAGCGUGCACCGCCCUCAGCUGCUGGCGCCCGAGCCUGCCCUGCGCCCGCCCGACGGCGCCGAGGAGUUGCAGCGGCGCGGGGCCAUGCUAGUGUUGAGACACAGCUCGGCGCCACUGCUGGCGCUGCCCUCCCAGGGUCCCUCCACCCCUCCUCUGGAGCCUGCUCGCCGGGCUGCCCAGAAAGGAGGGCCAGGCCCCGCUCCAGCCCGACCUAAUGAGUCCAAGGAGACCACGGGGACUGGGCUCUGGGCACAGGAUGGCUCUGAGGAUGAGCCCCCCAAGGACUCCGAUGGAGAGGACACAGAGGUGGUGGCUCCAGCCGUCCAGGGCCUCACCCCCGGCCACACCUCAGCUGGAGGAGGGGCUGGUGCAGAGGGCAAGAGGCUACUGUCUGGGCCCACGCUGCCCCCUGCACUGCCCCAGGGCCUCCCCUAUACCAUCAGCCCCUAUUUCCACACAGGCACUGCAGCAGGCCUCUUCGCAGACGGGGAGGAGGCCACAGCCCCCGAGGAUGUCAGCAAGUGGACGGUGGACGAUGUGUGCAGCUUCGUGGGGGGCCUGUCUGGCUGUGGGGAGUAUGCACCGAUCUUCAGAGAACAAGGGAUCGAUGGGGAGACCCUGCCCCUGCUGACCGAGGAGCACCUGCUGACCACCAUGGGGCUGAAGCUGGGCCCUGCACUCAAGAUACGGGCCCAGGUGGCCAGGCGCCUGGGCCGAGUGUUCUACAUGGCCAGCUUCCCUGUGGCUCUGCCGCUACAACCACCACCCUUGCGGGCCCCUGAGCAGGAGCUCAUGGCUGGAGAAGAGUCCCCAUGCCCAGAAACUGCUGCCUCCCCCUAUGGCCGAGCCUCACCCCAACAGGAGAAUGAGACUGCCGCCCUCCUCCCUGGGGCUGCUGACCGCUCCCAGCCCCUGUGCUGAGCCCGAUGCCCAGACCCCCGCAGAGAGACUGUUGCAACGGCC